CUCAGAGACAUGCUUCUGAGAAUUAUUGUGCUGGCUCUUUCAGUACAGGGUGAAGAUCAUCUUUGCAAAUUAUGGACAAAUCCUGAUAUUCCUCUUUUUUCAAAGACUGGGGACUUCAUGCUGGGAGGAAUAUUUACACUACAUAAUAAUAUUAUAGAAUCCAAACCCACACUUAAGUCAAGGCCUGAAGCAUUAAACUGCAAAGGUGUAAAAUAUACAGGAUAUCAGUUUGCUGAAACCAUGAUCUUUGCGAUUGAGCAAAUAAACAACAGAACAGAUAUUUUGCCUAAUGUGUCACUGGGAUAUAAGAUUUAUGAUUCCUGUGGUGCUGUUUCUUUGGCAAUCAAAGCUGCAAUGGCACUAAUAAGUGGAGCGGGAGAAGCACAAUCAUCAACUCUGUCAUGUUCUCAACAGUCAAACAUUCACACAAUCAUAGGGGAGUCUGCAUCUUCUCCAACUAUUGGUAUCAGCACGCUUGUUGGUCAAUUUAACAUACCAGUGAUCAGUCAUUUUGCUACUUGUGCUUGUCUCAGCAACAGGAAAGAGUUUCCCACUUUUUUCAGAACAAUACCAAGUGAUUAUUAUCAAAGCAGAGCACUGGCACAACUUGUCAAGCACUUUGGAUGGACCUGGGUGGGGACGAUAAGAAGUGACAAUGACUAUGGCAAUUCUGGCAUGGCUACCUUUAUAAAAACAGCUGAAGAGGAAGGUAUCUGUAUUGAAUAUUCUGAGGUUAUUUACAGAACCAACCCAAGAGAGAAAUUUAUUAAAACAGUUGACAUAAUUAAAAAGGCUUCUUCAAAAAUUAUUGUAGCUUUUGCAUCUUUUAUAGACCUAGAAUUUUUAAUUAAAGAACUGCUGCUUCAAAAUGUUACAGGUCUACAGUGGGUAGGCAGUGAAUCCUGGGUUUCUGCCAAAAAUGUGGCAACUAAGGAAAACUACAGAAUUUUUAAAGGAGCAAUUGGCUUUUCAAUCGCUAAUGCAGCAAUACCAGGGCUGAAAGAGUUUUUACUGUCAGUUCGGCCAUCUAGCACUCCGGGCAAUACGGGUUUAAUUAAACUUUGGGAAGAUAUGUUUGAUUGCAGUAUUAAUGCUUCAAAUUCUAAAACCUGUACAGGAUUGGAGAAUCUACAGGUAGUAAAUAAUCUGUACACUGAUGUUUCUGAAUUAAGAAUUACAUAUAAUGUGCACAAAGCUGUAUAUGCUGUAGCACAUGCGCUCCACGACCUACUAGCUUGCCAAGAUAAUCAAGGACCCUGCAAGACGAACCCAAAAAAUAUACUGCCACUGCAAGCAUUGCAAUACCUGAAGAAAGUUAACUUCACUGUCAGCAAUGGUGAAUAUGUACAUUUUGACAUUAAUGGAGAUCCUCCUGCAAGAUAUGAAUUGGUAAAUUGGCAGCUUAGCAUAAAUGGAAUCACAGAAUUUGUGACUAUUGGAUUUUAUGAUGCAUCUUUAUCAGAAGGAAAGCAGUUCAUAAUGAACAACAACAGCAUUACGUGGGCUGACAAUGAUGGAAAGAUUCCAAAAUCAGUAUGUAGUGAAAGCUGUCGUCCUGGUACGCGUAAGGCUACACAGAAGGGAAAACCAGUCUGUUGUUUUGAUUGCCUACCAUGUGCAGAAGGAGAAAUUAGCAAUACCACAGAUGCAGUUUACUGCAUGAAGUGUCCUUUGGAAUACUGGGCCAAUGAAGAGAAAGACCAGUGCAUUUUGAAGGACAUUGAAUUUUUGUCUUAUGAUGAAAUCAUGGGGAUGAUAUUAAUUAUAUUUGCUUUGUUUGGAGCUUUAUUAACUUCCAUGAUUACUGUUGUAUUUUUUAAGUUCAGAGAUACUCCAAUUGUGAAAGCUAAUAAUUCAGAACUAAGCUUUCUUCUUCUUUUUGCGUUGAUACUCUGUUUUCUGUGCUCACUUACAUUUAUCGGGGAGCCCACUCAGUGGUCCUGCAUGUUACGACACACAGCUUUUGGGAUCACAUUUGUUCUUUGCAUCUCAUGUGUUCUGGGGAAAACAACAGUUGUGCUCAUUGCUUUUAGAGCAACAAUGCCUGGUAGUAAUGUAAUAAAAUGCUUUGGACCAACUCAACAGCGGUUAAGCGUUUUAACCUUUACACUUUUACAGACCUUGACAUGUAUCAUUUGGUUAGUACAAUAUCCUCCUUUUCCACAAAAAAGGAUUAAUUCUGAUAAAGAAAUAAUAAUUUUGGAAUGUAAUAAUGGAUCCACAGUGAUAUUCUAUAUUGUUUUAGGAUAUAUUGGUCUGUUAGCAGUCAUUUGUUUUUUUCUGGCUUUUCUUGCUCGCAAGUUACCAGAUAACUUUAAUGAGGCAAAAUUCAUCACAUUCAGCAUGCUGAUAUUUUGUGCUGUUUGGAUCACAUUUAUUCCAUCUUAUAUCAGCUCUCCUGGAAAGUAUACAGUAGCCGUGGAAAUAUUUGCUAUUUUGGCAUCAAGUUUUGGCUUACUUCUCUGUAUUUUUGUUCCCAAAUGUUAUAUCAUACUGCUAAAACCAGAUAAAAAUUCAAAAAAACACCUAAUGGGUAAAAUCCAGUCAAAGUCACUUUGAUAUCUAUAUUUGAACCAUGAUACAGUUCAUAGUUUGUGGUACUUUUUUAAAGGUUAAAACUGAUAAAUAUUCUGAGCUUUAGACUAAGAUAAUAAAAUGAUUUUUUUUACAUAUUAAAAUUAAUUGCAUAUAUAAUUUCACAUGUCUGUUUCAGAAUAUCUAAAAUGCUGUGUUGGGCUCCAGUCCCUAUAGCCUUUAACUAAAUUAGCUGGGUUUCUUAAUGGAUGUAAAAAUUACAGAAAUGCAUUGUGAAACAUAUGAAACAAAUUUCAU